AUGGCCGUCCAUCAAGUGUACCAUCGCUUCUUCCAAUUACCACCGCCGCCCAGAGCUCAUUUGCUCGAUCUGCCAUCAAAAUCGCGUCAGAAGCUGUGUGCCGUCCACAGCCAUGCCAGGCGGCAAGCGGCCGACCUUAUGUCGAGCCAAUGUGCCCAUGUGGCGAGAGGAUUCCCUUUACACUGCCUCCCUCCCACGUCUCCAGUUCACAACGACUCUUGCUCCGAUCCUGCAAUGCCGUCCGACUCCGUGUCCACCCCCGAGCCCUCCUCGGCACCAUCCUUCGUGUCCUCCCCUUCAUCCGAGUCCGAGCCGUAG